UGUCAUUUUAAUCCACCGGGGCUGCCGUAGUUUAGUUUAGCUUGAUAUUAGCUCAUAAAGGUUGCGAAAUAUGAGACGGGAUGAGCAGUUUCUUCUUACAUUAUCGCGCAGUGUCAGGCCCUGCGACGCCUUCUUCCUCCCACAUCUGGAUUUAGACACAUGGCUUCGCUGUCUGACGUUGAAAUACGGAUGUGCAGUGUGUGUUAUUUAUAGGUUUAAAGCCAUUGCUGCAAUGGAGGAUAUUGGUCUCCAUCCCAAACCCACCAAUGACCCCCCAGUCCACAGACCCACAGUCACUGAGACUUUUGGGCUGCACCACAUCCCACCAGACAAUCUGCAAGUCGGUGAUGGAAGCAGGAAAUCUGAUGGAGCGUCCAAAAAAAGGUCCCAUUCGGUGAUGACAGCACAGACGCAGAUGAUUCCCCAGUUUCCUUCACCAAACGCAGGUCCUCUGGGUGCUGAUACCUCUGCUAAGAAUGGGAACACUCAUGCGGACAGAGCAGGGGCUGACAGCAAGAAACCCAAAGCCAAACACGCGGAUCCAUCAAAGUGGAAGCAGAACAAGCAGAAACAGCUGAGGAUGGAGGGCAAGGCGUACGCCAGCAAACGCAAAAAAGACGGCGAGUUGGUGACAAAGCAGCCAAGAGCUGUGGGACCGAGGUGCACCUCGAACGCCUGCAAAAAGGCAUCGAACCGGCUGUGUAAUGAAAUCAACGAGGAGGCCAGGAAGAGGGUGUUUGAGGAGUUCUGGCAGCACAUGAACUGGACUCAGAGAAAACAGUACGUGGCGAGACAAGUGGACUGCGACCCCGUGGAAAGAUCUCGAGCGGCGGGAUCGCAGUCGAGGAGAUCGGUUUCUCUGCGCUAUCACUUGAUGGUGGACGGCAAAAGGAAACAAGUGUGCAAAAACAUGUUCCUGACCACUCUGGGGAUCGGAGAGUGGUCCGUGCUCAACUGGGCGCAGAAAGGAGGAGCUAAAAACAAUGAAUCGAAUGAAAACAAGCCGGAGAAGAGGCAGGCUGUCCCUCAGUGCCCACGACAGAUCCCUUCUUCUACAGUCAGUAAUACUAUGGAAGGUACACAAGAACCAGAGGGGCCUCCCAGGAAGAAAUCCAGAGUCGCCCGGCCACUAACGUGGAAGCAAAAUCGACAGAAGCAACUUCGGAUGGAGGGGAAAUCUUACAUCAGCAAACGAAAGAAAGACGGUAUCACCAUAACCAAAGCUCAGAGGGCCAUUGGACCGAGAUGCACGUCCAGUGCUUGCAGAAGAGCAUCAAACCGCUUCUGCGCUGACUUCAGUGAAGAGAUGAGGAAUGAGAUGUUUACCAGUUUCUGGCAGCGCAUGAACUGGCCUCAGAGAAAGAUCUAUGUGGCCGAAUUAGUCGACUGCGACCCGGUGGAACGAACACGAGCGCCCUGGACUCAGUCGAGAAGAUCUGUCUCGAUGCGGUAUCAUUUGUUAGCCGGCAGCGACAGAAGACAGGUUUGUAAAAAGAUGUUCCUCUCCACUUUGGGGAUCGGAGAGUGGUCGGUGCUUAACUGGGCGCAAAACUCAUCCAAGCAGGACGACUCAGAGGAAAACGGCAAGAGGCAAACACAGAGGAAGUCCCGUAAAGCUUCAGAGCACAUAUUCCUGAAGGAGUUCCUCGAGAGUUUACCCAAAGUGCCCUCGUACUGUUGCGGGACGACCAUAUCGAAGCUCUACCUGGAGCCGGUCUUCUCAAACAUGUCCGAGGUGUACAGGCACUACUACAACCACUGCUUAGAGAAGAUGACGGCACCGCUCUCAAGGCAGGUUUUCUGUGCCGUGUUCAAAAAGAUGGAUUUGGGAUUAUGGGACCCUAAAAAGGAUCAGGGGUGUUCUUUCGGUGCGACUGGAAACUUAUUUAAUGAGCUUUGGGAGGAAUACUGCCUGGAGAGAGGCGCUGCACGACCACAGCCAGAGAAAACAGGUAACCAGUAAAAAAGACGAGAUAAAGGACACAAAUGGAUGAGCUGUGUGUUACUCCAGUAUUUACAACAUGAUCAUAUACAUCUUGUGGAAAGUUUAUAUUUAAGGUUUUGCCGAUGUGACUGUACUUGGUCUGACUUUUCAUUAAAUCCUGCUAAGCAACGACUCUGGUUGCUUUCUUCCAGGCUCACACUA